AUGGGCAAGUGUGGUGGAGCUGCAAAUUGUCCUGAUGAGAUCCUUAGGAUGUCGCGAGCGCGUAGGAUUUCGCCGAUCUCGAUUCCGAGGUCGUUUGACUAUCGAACGGAUUAUCGCAUAUUGUACUCCGACCAUGUAUACGCAGCAGGCAGGGCCCUCUCAGGGUCAAGCAGCGUGGGACUACUUUCGAGCCGGAUCGGGUGCUUCCGAACCUUGAGUCUUUGUAGGGACUCCUUCAUCUUUCCUUUCCAGUGGGACUUUGUUUAUGUUGUAUUUGAAUUUCUUAGAUAUGCUCUGUAUCGCCCGCUUAGGGUUGAAGUUUGGGAAAUGUUCAAUUUACAGGGGAGAAUCAUGCAUCCUCGACGUCCUAGAACGAGGGGUGGUCGUGUUCCAAGAUGGGGAGCAAAUCCUCCAUCUCCAUCUCCAUCACCCUCUCCUCCUCUGUCACCUCCAUCUCCACCUAUUGAGGGGCAUGAUGGAGGGAAUGGGUGCGGCUUACGGCGUCUCUUAUCUCAGUUUACCCGCACCGUGUCUACUGCCUUACAAGGGAGAAGGAAUACGGAAGGCUUGGACAUAAAGAUGUGUCCUGAUGGAGAUAAGGUUCGCCUGGCCGCCUUCCUUCUGAAGGGGAAUGCCUAUCAUUGGUGGAAGACAGUCUGUAGAGGGUAUACUAACCCUGCUACCAUCACUUGGGAAGAGUUUCAGAAGGCAUUCUUUGAUCAAUUCUACCCGCAUAGUUACAAGACUGCGAAGAGGGUUGAGUUUCUGCAUCUGAGGCAGGGUUCCAUGUCAGUGUUCGAGUAUGAGCACAAAUUUAAUGAACUGUCCCAGUUUGCACCUGAGUUGGUAACCACAAAGGAAGACAAGUGCACACGUUUCGAAGAGGGUCUGUGGUUAGAUAUUCAGGCUGUGGUCACUGCUACUACAUAUCCUACCAUGAGAGCCUUGGCCCAAGCAGCAGAUAGGAUGGCCAAUACGUACAGUCUGGGUGCAGGUAUUGGUAGGCGUGGCAGGGACUUAGCAGGUUUUGGUGGGCCCAGUCAGGGUCCAUCAAAGAGGGGUGGAUCCAGCUCUAGUUCUGCCAGUAGUGGUUGGUCAGGAGGACGUGGGUCCAGUUCUGGCAGUAGGAGGUCUGGCUCUCAAUCAGCUUGGAGCCAGCACUCGGGACAACAAUCGGUGGGCAGUACAGCCAGGGACCCUCAGCGACAGUUUAGUGUAACCUGUUACAAGUGUGGGCAAGCAGGACAUGUUAGGAAGGAGUGCCCAAACCGAGACUGGGGCCCAGCAGGUAGCAGAGCUCAGGGUCAGACACAGAGUGGUGCAUCGUCGUCUGCAGCGAGUUCGUCAUUGAGUAGUGGAGUGAAGUCCACUUUUCAGGGUAGAAGUGGUAGGGGUCAGAGAGGCCAGUCUGGACACUCUACUACGCAGGCCCGUGUAUUCUCGAUGACUCAGCAAGAGGUGCAGGCUACACCCGAUGUUAUCACUGGUAUGAUCCCUAUUUUUGGUUAUUUUGCACGUGUUUUGAUAGAUCCCGGGGCCACCCAUUCUUUUAUUGCACAUAGUUUCUUACCAUAUGCCAGUGUUAGACCGACAUCCAUGGCAGGAAGUUUUAGUAUCUCGUUGCCUACGGGCGAUGUUCUGUUUGCGGACAUGGUUUUCAAAGGUUGUUAUGUUCAAGUGGGUGAUGCCAUGUUGGAAGUCAAUUUGAUUCCUUUGGAGUUAGUUGACCUUGACAUCAUCUUGGGAAUGGAUUGGUUGGAAAAGCAUCGUGCAUCAGUGGAUUGUUUCCGGAAAGAGGUUGUAUUAAGAAGUCCUGGACAACUUGAAGUAAUAUUCCAUGGAGAGUGUAGAGUUCUCCCAUCUUGUCUUAUCUCCGCCAUAAGAGCAAAAAGGUUACUCAAGAAGGGCUAUGUGGGAUACUUAGCUCACAUCAUUAAUACUCAAGGGUUCACUCUGAAUCUGGAAGAUGUUCCUGUGGUUUGUGAAUUCCCAGAUGAUCUCCCUGGUUUGCCUCCCCAGAGAGAAACCGAAUUCACUAUUGAACUCCUUCGAGGCCCGAAUCCAAUUCAUUAA